AUGAGAAGAGCAGAGCAAAGGUACUCACGGUACUACUGCAGUAUUGUUUUGGAUACCGAGUGGGUAUCCAUCCGUGGAGUCGCGUUCGGAUGCCGCCCGAAGCUUCAAGCUUGGGAAUGGCGGGCCGUGAGGCGGCUGAGCGGCGCCACUCUCUUCAGGCGAUGCGGAGUCGUCGUUCCGACAAGCGCCCCACUGCGGGCUGCUGGGACCAAUGGCGGCGGGGGGAUGUUGCGUGCAUGGCGCAAAAGACCAAAUUAUUCCGGAUGCGCGUUCCUUCUCCAGACCAUUUUUCUUGCCUCUGGAGCCGCGGGGAAGCAACCCCCACAGACAGCACCAGCUGCUGAUGAGACGGGAGUGGGAGCCCUGGAUGCUUUGGCGAGAAUGCUUAGCGGGACUCUCUUUAUAUUGAUGCCCGUCGCUGUUCCGACGCCUUGGCUGGCCCGACAUCCAAAGUCCUGGGCUGCCUUAUUACUCGACGAUGCAUCCACACUGGCCUCCAGCUUGCUGCUGCUACUGACUGACUGA